CUCCUUCUAUCACUCAUCACAAAACUCACCACCGCCAACGCCCAACCCAAAAUGUCCAAGCGGCCGAGAGAACUUUCCUCACAGCUAGAAGUACUAUCGACACUACUAACACCACCUGUCGAGGAGGCUGGCAAUAUCGAUGAAAAAACCGGGCCUUCCAAACUAGUUCGCGUCGACAGUGCAACACAGCAAAUCGCUAUCGUCUGCUCAGAGAAGCCUCUCUGCCAGUCGCGGCCCUUCAGCACCUACGAGGAGUACGAAGUUCACUACCACCAGACCCACACGAACCGGUGCAUAGAGUGUAAGAAGAACUUUCCAUCUGAGCGAUUCCUGCAUCUUCAUAUCCAAGAGACUCAUGAUCCUUUAUCCCAGAUCAAGUUUGAGAGAGGAGACAAAAUCUUUGGUUGUUUUGUCGAUGGAUGUGACCGCAUGUGCAGCACCCCGUUCAAACGGAAGAGGCAUCUCAUCGAUAAGCACUGUUUCCCUCAGGACUACAACUUUUUCGUCACAAAGGAUGGCAUUGACAGGAGCAUGUCAUUACUGAACGAUGGGGGACGUAAUCCUUUAACCCGAAGUAGCCAUGGGAAUAGACGACCAAAACAAAUGGAGGGCAGGGAUGCAUCGCCAACCUUACCCGAAAUCACCCCCGAUGUUGCAAUGCAAGUGGAAGACGGUGCUCUACAGAAGAACGAGGAUGAUGGUAUUAACGAGAUAUCCGCACUCAUGACAAGCAUACGAUUCGUUCCACCAAGCGUGAGAUUCGGACGGAGGCGUUGAGGAAAUAAAGAGCAUCAGCGUAGACGGGAGAUACUGUGCC